AUGCCAUUCCAUCUCCCAGUCCUGGGCUCAAGCUCAAGAAAAGAUAAAGAUGAUGAGAAGAAGGAGAGGCGCAAAUCACAAAUCGCAGAGGAAAAACCAGCUUUCAUACCUACCACUCCGGGUUCAGAGGCUAGACGGAAGAGUCUUCAACUGGAACGUACCCUCUCUAUACCCAACAUCAACAACAAUGGGAAUGCAGCAGGACCAAGAUCAAGAUCACCCACACCGUUGAGUCCAACUUUCACUACCUCGGACGUUCGUCGACCGAUACAACACCGGCAUUCAUCUUCUACGAGCAAUACCGGCGGAUUACAAGGUAUACUCAAAAACACAAAUCCAACUAGCCCAUCAAUAAGUGGAAGCGAGUACACCACUACGUCCGGGUCGGGCUCGGCAUUCUUUGGAGGGAUGCAUAAGAGGAUGUCAUCUUUGGCAUUUGAUAGAACAGAUACGAUCGAAUCCCUCUCGCCAUCAAUAUACGAUGAAGACGGUACCAAUGGUAGUGGCGGGGGUAGUACACCUGGAACAUCCGUUUCAUCAUUCAAUCAACAUUGUCCAUUACCUUCUACAAACAGUACGAAAUUCCCAUUUUUCAUGAUGACCAUCUCAUCUGUAUCGACCUUAUCUUUCAUCGCUUUACCAUUACAUCUUAGACCGGUGGUGAUUGACGUGCUGAACAAUACGUGGAAAAGAGGUAUAAGCAAGAUACAAGAAGUUGAUUACCAACCUGAGCUGAUGAAGAAACAUAAGGAAAAGGGAUGCGAUCAAGGUGUAUGGGAGGUUACGAUGAAAGGUGAAGCGUGGAUGCCUACGAGCUCGGAACAGGUCUCCUCAAAGAGGAUAUUGAUCAAGUUGUUGACCGAGUUCGCAAGAGAGGGAUACAAUCUCAAUUCUUCUUUCCGAACCUCAGCUAAAGACUCAGGCAAAGACUCAUUAAUCUUCUUACAAGGUGAACCCGACCCAGAACCGAUCUUCUUCGCGGUCGCUUUCUACUCGCAUGAUAGGAUAUGGAUCAUCGAUGCCGAGGCUGAUGUGGGACAAGCCUUGGAAGAGGGAAUCAAGAAUUGGUGGGUUGAUGGAUUGAGAGAUGCGAGAGUCAGAGAGAGACAUUGUAGGGAGUUGAGAUUAAGGGGUGCACCAUGGACAGCUCAUUCGACUCAAUCUCUCAUUUCGGCAAGAUGUAUCCACCUGACCAUAUUGAAGCUUAUCACCCACUGUGACAGUGGGUACGACUUUGUGGGGUCAAUCGAUAUGGCAGAUAAAGAAGAGGGUGAGAUGCCUGUGACGUUUUACAGGAAGAAAUGGCCGGAUGGUCCGGGUGGUUGGAAGAUGGUUGAUGAGCAAGGGAAUGGGUUGGGGCUAGAGACUGUCAUUUCGUGA